GCAAAACAUUUUCGAAAGGUUUUGCAACAAAGAGAGUUUCUAUUGGAGAAAUCCAGGAAGGUCCCGCCCUGUUUCGUUCCGUUUGCUUCUCUUUGGUUUCCAGUGAAUACACCCCUGCUGAACACAGCUCAAGAUGACCAAAUCUGUCAAACUUCAACAGCAAAAAAGCUAGGGAUGCUCCUCCUUUUCACCACUCGACAGAGGAGAGAAGAAAUGGCGAUGCUAGGGUCUUUCAGCUCCGCACAGCAGAACAAAAAUGUUUCUGGGGGCGACAGGGACGGGACAGAGUUCGUAUGUCCGGUUUGUCUCGAGAUUUUCGAUAGCCCUGUCACAACACAAUGUGGACAUACGUUUUGUCAAAGUUGUCUGCAGGAGUGCCUGCGGCCCCAGAAGCCAGUAUGUGCCGUUUGUAGGGCACCAUUGGGCCACUGGGCCAAAGCCACUGACCUAGAGGCCCUCAUACACACCUCAAUGGCAGCCUGCAAGGGCUGUGGAGCACAGGUGGGCCUGUCCCAGAUGAGAGGCCACACGGCAGCAUGCUCCAAGUACCAGGAGUAUAUUGAGGAGGGGGUCAGGACCACUGCCCAGACCCAGCCUAACAUUAUUGGCCCUAUGCCGAACCGCUUCACUUUCUCAUGCCCCUACUGUAACUACCAGAACCUGGACCAGGACGGCCUGGUGGAGCACUGCACUUCCCAGCAUGCCCGGGACACGCGCCACGUGGUGUGUCCUAUCUGUGCCUCUAUGCCUUGGGGGGACCCCAACUACAGAAGCGCUGACUUCUUCCAGCACCUAAAGAUUAGACACACCUUCUCUUAUGACACCUUUGUGGACUACUCCACAGACGAACACACUAUGAUCCAGGAGGCUCUACAACGCUCCCUCAUGGAGAACUGAGGUGGUGUCUGCCUUGAGGAAGGAGGAAAAGGUGGCUUUGAGGGAAAAUAUAAUUGCACUGCACCAUCCUUGAACUGGGCUAGUGGUGUAACCAUAGGAAAAAGAAUAGUAAGGGUGGGUGGCGACUUCCUGACUGCAACACCAGGAAGCUUUUAGGCUUACCAAGCAACUCCUCUUAUCACUUUACAAUUAUCAUUCCAACAUAAAUAAAACAAUACAAGUUAAACAGUUCAUGUGCUUUCUGGUAUAGAAGUGGAGUGAUGUCCCUGUGUCUCUCUCCGAAGAAGUGUUGUAUUGUUAGACCGUUCAUAAUUCUGCUGAAUCAUGACUAUUUCAUCUGUUCAUUGUUAGCAUUGUCAUAUAGGCCUACUGUACCGGAGACUUCCACAGUUGUUUGUUUUCUACUGUUAUGACUUGAUUCUGCAAUGAGAGGUUUUAACCACUGGGUGGCUACCUUUUGCCAACAAAAUGCAACGAUAACAUAGAGGACUCAUCUUUCUAUCUGUGCCAUUUUAGAAUCUGACAGCAUGGGCAGUGCCUUUUUGAGGCUUCCAUUUGAAAGUAGUCCGUUUUCUUCUUCACGAUUGGCUGAUCCCUCCUGAUGACCCAGUUGGACAUGACUCCAACAGGGUCACCAGGAAGGAUUAGCCAAUGAAGUUGGAAGUCUCACCCAGUUGACUAUAUUAAAAUGGUGGAAGCCCUUAAUUGCACUGCCAUGCUAAUGUGGCCUUUUGGCCACUAAAGGCCUCUGUCAUUCCCUAUAGAUGAGACAUUGCUCUUCAAUGCAAGCAAUCAUUGUAAAGUGUAAACUGCCAGUAACUAUUAUUCCGGGAGGAAUGUGUACUCCAAGAUGUAUUACUUCUGCUGAUGAGAAUAGAUGUGUUCCCUGUAGUUUGACAUUGUUUACUCACAGCUGUUUUUAUCUUAAUACCAAAUCAUUUCUGGGUAACAAUUAAGUACCUUACUGUGAUUGUUUUCAAUUAAAAUGGUCAAAUAAACACAUGGCUUCUUAGCAAAGAGCAAUUUCAAGCAAGAAUUUUCCUAGGACUGUCGGAGUGGGAUAAUUGAAAACUAGCUGGGUUUGGCAGAGAGGAUCGAACGCUCAAACUUAUUGGUCUAUUAACUAAUUUACCGCCUGGUGAUGUCACCAGGCAGGCCAAAACUCUUCCCACCAAAACAGGCUGCAAGUUUUUUCAAACCGCUCUUUCACUGAAAGGGCAUUAUCAUUUUCACAAUAUUAUUCCAACCUCAUGGUGUAGAAAUAUAUGAAAAUCAAGUUUUUUACUGCACUGGG